UUCCCAUAUAAGUAUACUAGUUUACAAAAUGUAAAACGCCAAUUUCAGUCAGUUCUGUUCAAAUUUGAUCUGUUUGUAGGCACUCCAGUAUAGCCAUGAAGAUUUUGUACGCAGUUUUAUUAUUUAUACCUUCAAUUUACAAUCAAAGGCAAUCCAAUACAUUGCUUCAAGCCUUACAAGCAGACUCUGACACAAUUAUAUUUGACGACGACGAUGAAUUUACAAGGAAUAACAAGCGGGCCGGUUUUAAUUGGAAUAACAUUUUUCAAGACACUAUAGGGCGUACUACAUUGGCCGUGCCAGGUAUGGAAACAACGCCAAGCCCCUGCGAACAACGAUGCCAAAUAACUCCUCAGUACAAUCCUGUUUGUGGAAGUGAUGAUAUGACUUAUAGCAACCCUGGCCGUUUUAGAUGUGCACAAAAGUGUGGCAAACUGUUUCCAAUACUACCUUUCGUCCACAAUCAAAGGCAUUUCCAUAACCACCAUUCACAUGGAUAUUCUGACUAUAGCGAUUACGAUCAUGGCUAUGAUGAUGCGUUCGACGGCGUCGUCCAACGGAGUGGUUUUAAUGAGAAUAGAAUGCCUCAAGACAAUAGCUUUGCUACCCCCACAAGAAGACCUAUUAGUACUACAACUGGAGCAGCUACACGAACGAGACCGAGUGCUUGUGAAGAGCGGUGUCCAGUAGCCCCCCAGUAUAGUCCGGUUUGUGGUAGUAAUGGUGUGACCUAUAAUAAUAUUGCACGAUUUCAGUGUGCCCAAAGAUGUGGACGAAAUAUCGAAAUUGCCCGAUAUGGAGUAUGCUCUUCAACUUUGGCACUCGCUUGAAAAUGGUACGACUGUUCGACUCAAUCAAACACUCAAAAUCGAGAUGUUUAUAGUUAUCUACCUACUAAUAAUACUCUAUCGAGUGAUAACGUAAGGUGGUUGUUAAAUAACAGUGGGUGGGAAGCCAUCCUGUAAUCGGAAUUAAACUUUGUUUAUUAACUAUUGACAAAUGACAAAUACAUAUGAAUUUUUUUAUACCUGCCAGUACAAUACAAAAAUUGAAAAAA